CCUGACCCUGCCGCGCUCCUCUCGUCCCUCCCAGUCCUCUUCCACAUGUACGACUCGGACCACGACGGGAAGAUCACGCUGCAGGAGUACAGAAAUGUGGUGGAGGAGCUGCUGUCGGGCAACCCCCACCUGGAGAAGGAGUCGGCACGGUCCAUCGCCGACGGGGCCAUGAUGGAGGCAGCCCGCAUCUGUGGGCCGGACCAGGUGUAUGAGGGCAUCACCUUUGAAGACUUCCUUAAGAUGUGGCAGGGGAUCGACAUCGAAACCAAGAUGCACGUCCGCUUCCUCAACAUGGAGACCAUCGCACACUGCUACUGA